UUCGCGCGUCUAUAAAUAGCCCAAGAGAGUAGUUUAGCGUGAUGUUGCGUUCGUUGAAGUUGAUUCGAGUUUCAACUAAGCUCACAGUAAGAGAUGGGAAAGCGAUUGAGAAGAGGCAGGUCCAUUUGCAGUUGCAAAUCUCCUCGCCCAAGCUAUCACGCAAGUCCUGGCUCCUCUUUCAACUGGUUCGAAAAAGAUUUGUGGACGGAGAUAGCCAAGUUCUUGGACGGGAAAUCUCUGAUGAAGCUAGCGGUAACAAGCCGAUGGUUCCACAGCGUUAUCAUGCACGACAGCAUAUGGAGGUUUGUGUGCUUGCGUGAUCUUCAGGUCCCGGAGCCCGGCCACGUGGCUUUCAAUUGGAAUAAGCUCUAUGCUUCAGUAGUAGAUGGCAGUCACUCUUACACGUUCCGAGAGAAGGAGAAGCAUUUGGAUUGGAUGAGAAUUGGUGCAUUCCACAUCGAGUCAACAGCAGCACUUCUGAGUGAGAGACUCGACUUACCACUAGAAAUCAGACAACAGAAUGCUACAGAGAAGAUGUUCGAAUCCUGCGGGGCUUCUUUGCUAAAUAACAUCAAAACAGGAAUUUGGAUAGCAGAUCUGCAGCUUGUUCGAUGCCCUGUUUGUGAACUCGAUAAAUGUGACGGAACAAUGCAGACAUUAGAUGUAAGGCAUAUAGAGCUGUUUCAUUAUAAGGGUUUUCAGGAAGGGAGCUGGAAGUACGAGUUGAUUGGAAAUCAUAAAGUUGAAAAUCCUAUGAAGGCGGCGUCUGGAGGCAUUUUUGAUCUCCAGCACCUCAACGACCGGGCAUCAGCUGGCAUCUUUGAUCUCAAGUUGUGGACAGGAGAACCCACUGAUUUUCAACCAAAGGCUAUGAUCACAUUCCAUGCAGUUGCAAUCAACACCAACUUACAAGUCAACGACGGACUCCUUACAAAGUACUACAUGAUGAGAGCUGGACCUGAUGGAGAAGUCGUUUCAAUUAGAAUCUCUCAGCAGCUCCUGUAAUUCAGCAAGAAUCUUACAUCUUUUAACCGAUAUUUGUUCACUUUCACUAAAAGAAAUAUUAAAUCCUUUCACAAUGUUGUAAAAUGCUUUGCAAAAAAGUUGUAUUUCUAUAUAUAAAGAGCCAUCCCCUGAACUUGCACAAUUGAUAAAACAUCAC